CCAAAGACGCCUUCACGCGGUAAUAUAUGAAAAUGCGUAAAUAAUUUCAAGAGGACUCUUAUGUAAAUUAAUUUACUAUUGUAGCGAAUUAAAAUUUAAGUAGAAAUAGUUUUUCAUAUCAAAUUUUUAAGCUCGGUUGCUCACAUUCUUUUGUAAAAUUUUUCAAAGAGAAAAGUCAUGUUUAAAAUGAGAACUCGAAGUGUUUUGAAAGAUUUGCAAGUGUCUGCCGCAGACAAGACUAUUUUGGUUGGAUCCCCUGAACCAAAAAUGGUUUCGUCUAAACGGGCUCCAAUUUCCCUAAAGUGCUUUGAAAUUUCCAAAGAGAAACCGAAGGUGCCAAAGAGAGUGCUGGAAAAAGAAAAUAGUAAAAGUUCUAAAGUGUCAAAACCAAAAAAUACAAAGAUUGAAAAAGUAUCAAAGAUUGCCAAAUCUGAAGUAAAGAAGUCUUCUCUAAAAUUGAAAAAAGAAACUGCCAAACUAAAUGUGGCUUCAAAUCAUCUUAAGGUGAACUCUACUUCAGAUGAGGAUGUAUCAACACAAUAUAAUAUCACAAAUGUCACUGUUAAUCAAAAUGUAUCUGACAUCAUUCCAGUAGUGACCUCUUUUGAUUCCAAUUCAUUUUCUUAUUGGCAAGAUCUUGCAGAACAAAGGCGGAUCGCCCUAGAGAAGGCUUUGUUUGAAAAUGAACAACUAUUUGACUCACUCACAGUUCUACAAACAGAAAAUUCUAUUCUAAAGGAUGCUUUGGACUCAGCAGAAAAGCUUUUAAAAAUGGAGGGUGUUUUGGAUUGAUUUUUUCUAAUAUGCUUAAAAUAUUCUGUGGUGUAUCUUUUCUCUUGUGAUAAUAAAAUUUAUUUUAUAUUUAUUA